AAAGUUCCAGGGCAGUGAGAACCCCAGCACUGCCCAUGUCCAGAACACACCUGUGCCCACCACCUGCUGACCAGAGAUGACCAGGAAGAUGACACUGACCCAGGAGCUGCUCCUUGUGGCCCUACUAGCUCUGUGCUGGGGCCCCAGCCCUGCAGGGGCAGAAACCAUCCCGCUGCAGACCCUGCGCUGCUAUAAUGACUACACCAGCCACAUCACCUGCAGGUGGGCGGACACCGAGGACUCCCAGCGGCUCAUCAACCUGACCCUCCAUCGCCGGGUGGAUGAGGAUCCUCCACAGCCAGUGUCCUGUGAACUCACUGAUGACAUGCUGUGGUCAGACUGCCCGGCUCCCCGCUGUGUGCCCAGGAUAUGUGUCAUUCCCUAUCAGCAAUUCGUCCUCGCCGACAAUGACUACUUCUCAUUCCAACCAGACAGGCCUCUGGGCAUCCAGCUCACCGUUACUCUGACCCAGCAUGUCCAGCCCCCUGCACCCACGGACCUCCAGAUUAGCACUGCCGGGGACCAUUUCCUGCUGACCUGGAGUGUGGCUCUCAGGGAUCCUGAGACCCACUGGCUGACCCUGGGGGACCUGGAGUUUGAAGUGGUCUACAAGCGGCAUCAGGACACCUGGGAGGAUGCUGCCACCUUCCACUCUAACGCCUCCCAGGCCAUGCUGGGACCAGAGUACCUCAUGCCCAGCAGCACCUACGUAGCCCGAGUGCGGACCCGGCUGGCCCCGGCCUCAGGGUUCUCAGGACGGCCCAGCGAGUGGAGCCCAGAGGUUCGCUGGGAAUCCCAGCCAGGGGACAAGGCCCAGCCCCAGAACCUGCAGUGCUUCUUCGACGGGGACCACAUGCUCAGCUGCUCCUGGGAGGUGAGGUCAGAGAUGAACAGCUCAGUCUCCUUUGCCCUCUUCUACAAGUCCAGCCCCGAUGCAGGUUCAGCUCUGAUCCUCAGGGAGGAAGAAUGUUCCCCAGUGCUGAGAGAGGAGGUCAGCAGCCUCUACAUCCAGCACAGAUGCCACAUUCCUGUGCCUGACCCCGAGACCCACGGCCAGUACACCAUCUCUGUUCAGCCCAGGAAGGAAGAGAAAUUUAUAAAGAGCUCAGAGAACAUCCAGAUGGCCCGCCCCACCCUCAACGUGACCAAGGACGGAGACAGCUACAACCUGCGCUGGGAAACAGAGAAAAUGCAGUACACACACAUAGAUCGCACCUUUGAGAUCCAGUACAGGAAAGACAAGGCCAUGUGGGAGGACAGCAAGACAGAGACCCUACAGAACACCCAUGGCAUGGCCUUGCCAGCUCUGGAGCCUUCCAGCACGUACUGGGCCAGGGUGAGGGUCAGGCCCACCCACAGAAACUACAAUGGGAUCUGGAGCGAGUGGAGUGAGGAACGGUCCUGGACCACUGAGUGGGUGCUGCCCACGUGGGUGCUGGUGCUCUCCCUGGUCCUCCUCAAGCUCGCCUUGCUCCUGGCCCUCCGCUUCUGUGGCAUCUACGGGUACAGGCUGAACAGGAAAUGGGAGGAGAAAAUCCCCAACCCCAGCAAGAGCCACCUGUUCCAGAACGGGAAUGCGGGGCUCCGGCUCCCAGACAGCACGUCGUCGGCCUUCACCAGCAGAAGCCCCCCACACCAGGGGCCGUGGGGCAGCCGCUUCCCUGAGCCGGAGCGGGUGUUACCUGUAGGCUUUGGGGACAGCGAGGUGUCACCUCUCACCACUGAAGACCCUAAAGAUGUCUGUGAUCCAUCAUCUGGGCCUGACAUGACUCCAGCUGUCUCGGACCUACCCACGGAGCAGCUCCCCUGCCCCCAGCCCAGCGGGCCAGCGCCCUCAGGCAGGCGUGAGCACCAGGUUUCCAGCUUCGACUUUAAUGGCCCCUACCUGGGGCCGCCCCACAGCUGCUCCCUGCCUGACCUCUUGGGCCAGCCAGAGCCCCCACAGACAGGGGAAAGCCCAAAGCCGCCGCCCCCAGGGUCCCUGGAGUACCUGUGUCUGCCUGCUGGGGGGCAGGUGCAGCUGGUUCCACUGGCCCAGGUGAUGGGGCAUGGCCAGGCCAAGGAUGUGGAGAGGAGGCCCAGCCUGGGGGCCCAAGGAAGCCCCUUUCUGGAGUCUGGGGGAGGCCCUGCUCCUCCUGUACCUGGACCGAGCGUGGGUGGGCAAGGACCAAAGGACAACCCAGUGGCUCUGCCCACGGGUUCUGGGGAUCCUGCGGACACUGUCAUGGCCUCUGGUUAUGUCACCACGGCAGACCUGGUGCUGACCUUGCCCACAGGGGCCCUGUCUUACUGCCUGUCUCCCCCACUGAGCUUCCCCUCAGACCAGAAUCUCAACCUCUGUCCUGGGCUGGCUGGUGGGGCCCCUGAAGACUCGGGCCCCAUGAAGCCAGGGUUUGAGGGCUAUGUGGAGCUCCCUCCAGCCACGGGCCAGUCCCCCAUGUCCCCUCUGGGCAGUCCUGCCCCUCCUGUAGCCAGCAGCCCUGUUCUGAGCCCAGGGGAGCCCCAGGGAAACAUCCUGAACCCAGGGGAGCCUGAGGCAGAUGCAGCACCAGCAUCCCCAUGCCCCGAGGGGCUCCUAGUCCUGCAGCAAGUGGGCGACUAUUGCUUCCUCCCUGGUCUAGGACCUGGCCCUGUCUCACCCCGGAGUAAGCCCUCUUCCCCAGGACCCUGUCCUGAGAUGGGGAACCUGAACCAGGUUUUUCAGGUUAAGAAGCCCCCGUGUCAGGCUGUGCCCCAGGUGCCAGCCAUUCAGCUCUUCAAAGCAUUGAAGCAGCAGGACUACCUGCCUCUGCCCCCAUGGGAUGUCAGCAGGCCUGGGGAGGUGUGCUGA